UGCAGUUCGAACUUAUUUUGAUCUUUACAUCACUCGCCUUUUCGUAUUUUUCAUUAUGGGUACCGUCGCAAAGGAAAAUACCAAUAUCAACGAAGAUGUUGACACUGGAAUGCCCUACGAGGCCACUGUCAUCGAAAGUUUAUGCAUGAACUGUGGAGAAAAUGGUGAAACGAGACUGUUUCUGACUAAAAUUCCUCACUAUAAGGAUGUUGUCUUAAUGUCAUUUGACUGUUCGCAUUGUGGUUUCCAAAACAAUGAAAUUCAAAAUUCAGGAAAGAUUGAAGAUAAAGGAAUAAGAAUUACUUUGAGAGUACAAUCCAAAGAUGAUUUGAAUAGACAAGUGGUCAAAUCUGAUUACACAAGUGUAAGUAUACCUCAUUUGGAGUUUGAAAUUCCAUCACAAUCACAAAAAGGAGGAAUAACAACUAUUGAAGGACUGAUUGAUCGCAGUAUUGCUGGUCUUGACCAAGAUCAAGAAAGACGGAGGUCAGAAAAUCCCCAAGCUGCAGAGCAAAUUGAUAAAUUUAUUGAAAAAUUGAAAGCUUUAAAAGAUGUUAAAGAACCAUACACUAUAUAUUUUGAAGAUAUAUCUGGCAAUACAAAUGUCCAGAAUCCACUUGCUCCGCAAAAAGAUAAGCAAGCUGAUAUUUCUUAUUUUAAGAGAACCAUGGAUCAAAAUCAUAUUUUAGGUAUUUACAUUGAAAAUGAAGAUAAAUUACUGCAGCCUAUUAAUGAGGAAGAAUAUACAUUGGAGGAUAUAGAAGGAGAAGUCAUGACAUUUCCUACCAACUGUCCAGAGUGCAAUGCCCCUUGUCAAACUAAUAUGAAAAUGACCAAAAUUCCUUACUUUAAAGAAGUUGUCAUAAUGGCAACAGUAUGUGAUGCAUGUGGACAUAAAACUAAUGAAGUGAAAAGUGGAAGUGGAAUAGAACCUCAAGGAGUGAUGAUCAAAAUAGAAAUAGAAGGAAAAGAAGAUUUUAGCAGAGAUUUAUUGAAGUCUGAAACAUGUUAUAUGCGCAUUCCUGAACUAGACUUAGAAGUUAGCCCUACAACAUUAGGAGGUCGCUUUACAACUGUGGAGGGUGUUAUUUCAGCAGUUAGAGAUCAACUAUCAACUUCUACUGUUUUGACUGGAGAUAGUGCUGAUACAGAAACUACCAAGAGAAUGGACAACUUUAUUUCACAAUUGAAUAAAAUCUUAGAAGGAGAAAUGAAAGUUACUCUAAUUCUUGAUGAUCCAGCUGGAAACAGUUAUAUACAAAGCUUGGCUGAUUCUGGUACUGAUGAUCGAUUAACAAUUACAAAAUAUGAAAGAUCAUUUGAACAAAACGAUGAACUAGGCAUUAAUGAUAUGAAAGUUGAUAAUUAUUAA